GCGUUGGGGCGCGCCGCGACUCGCGGGUCUCUCCAGGUCUCCCCACCUCCCUCGACGUCUAUCUGACCACACGUAUCUUCAAGCGUCGCCAUGUCUGACACGGAAGUAUCUCCAGAGAUCAUGCUUGCCUUCUACAAGCGACUCUACCCAUACAAGUCAAUCUUUGGCUGGCUGAACCACGAACAUACGCCGACAAGACGCUUCACGCACCGCGAAUGGGCCUUCACGCUCCCGCCGGACACCUACGUUAGGUACCAAUCGUUCGCAGACGCAGACGAGUUGAAGAAACAAGUCUGCCAGCUGAACCCCACGCGUUUCGAGAUAGGGCCCGUCUACAGUGCAAAGCCCCGGGACCGCAAGACUGUUCGCGCAGCCAACUUCACACCACAACUCCGCGAGCUCGUCUUCGAUAUCGAUAUGACCGACUACGACGAGAUCCGUACGUGCUGCUCCGGCGCCGGCAUCUGCAAGCGGUGUUGGGCAUUCAUCGCCGCUGCUGUACGUGUGCUCGAUCGCGCGAUUCGCGAUCAAUUUGGCUACAAAUACCUGCUAUGGGUCUACUCUGGCCGACGUGGUAUCCACUUAUGGAUCUCGGACAAGGAGGCGAUGGAGUUGACGGACGAGCAGCGGCGGGCAUUGGUGGGCUGGCUGACGGUGAUCCAGGGUGGAAAGGAGAUGAAGAAGAAAGUUAACGUCCGCCAGGGUACGAAGUCUCUCCCACCCGGUAUUCAGAUGUCGCUUGAAUCUCUGCGUACAAUAUUCCACAGACUCAUUCUUGAGGACCAAGAUUGCUUCGCUGAGGAAGAAGGUUGGGAGACACUCCUGCAGCUCAUUUCUGAGCCCAGCGUCACCCGGCGAUUGCGUGCGAAGUGGGAGAUCAAAUCCCGCUCGUCUGAAGAAAAGUGGGAAGACGUGAAGAGAGAAGCAAGAGCAGACAAGGGCGGAAAAAUACAUGAUAACAUGGUGGCCGCAAUGGAGGACAUCGUCCUACAGUAUACCUAUCCACGCCUAGAUGCGGAAGUCUCGAAACACCGCAACCACUUGCUCAAGGCGCCCUUCUGCGUGCACCCCAAGACAGGUCGAGUUUGUGUACCCGUUGACCCGAGCUCGAUAGACAGCUUCAGGCCAGAGCGGGUGCCCACAGUAAGCCAGUUACUACGCGAGCUCGACGAGGCCGGUGCGAGCGCUGGGGCUGAGGCCACGGAACAUCACUCUGAUUGGCAGAAAACGUCCCUGAAGCCGUACGUCGACAUGCUCGACAGGCACGUUGCGGCGCUCAUGGAGGAGGUGAGACGUGCGAAGCGGGAGGCUGGCCCAGAUAGAUCAUGGUAGUGUCAGCCAUGUGUAUCCGGUUUUGCAUUUGACUUGUUGUACCUGCACACUGUAUCUCUCCCUGUCAAUCAUCCGUUCCCAUACGCGGUCAUGUUCGUGAUGAACCUCGUCUGCGCUGCGAUCGUCGAAACCUGCUCCACACGCCCAUCCUCGAGGAAGCACUGUGGACAUCGAGAAUCCCGCCGUGAUACUACAGCGUCAUUGGCGCACUGAAGGCGGGCUGGAAUCUGCAGGAGUCCGACUCGAUCGGGAAGCAGGGGAACUACGUCGCAGUAAAACUGCGCAUCGUACCGGGCGCCGGACGUCCCUACAGCGGAAGAAAAACAACUUGUCACACCUCGGACGCGGAGAGGGGGGAGAAGCGGAGCCAUCUAAAGCGGGCGGAGACUAGGAUGUACGUAGGCAGAUACAGAGGUCAGCGUUCAAC